UCACAGCAAGCAGAGUACUCAGAGUUAGAGCUAGCACCACCCACCUCGCCGGAUUCGCCAUGGAUCCAACUCAAACCAAGAGCAGCGUCGACAAUGCCGCCGAGGAAAGAGAGCGUCUUGUGUCCACGCUCCCAAUGAGGGAAGGGUUUUGGAAACCGUACGUCCUGUACCGAGGCUUCUGGGUAUCUCCGCAGGUGGCCAAGAGCGUCAUGCUCUUGCAAGACGAGUUCAAGCCGCGGGCCGACGACAUCAUCCUCGCCGCGUGCCCCAAGUCCGGCACCACCUGGCUCAAGGCCCUCGCCUUCACCCUCGUCAACCGCUCCCGACAUGCCGUCGCCGGAGACGCCGACGGCCACCCGCUGCUUACCAACAGCCCCCAUGACCUCGUGCCGUUCAUCGAGAAACCUGACCGCGAGCUCUACCCUGUCGCCGAACUGGAGGCGCUCGCGUCCCCAAGGCUCCUGGCGACCCACAUGCCGUUCACGCUGCUGCCGGCGAGCAUCUCCGCCGUCGGCUGUCGCGUGGUGUACAUCAGCCGGGAGCCCAAGGAUGUGCUCGUGUCCCUGUGGCACUACUUGAACUCGGUAAGCAAAGACUACUUCAUCAAGCUGGAGAAAGCCUUCGAGUUAUUCAGCGAAGGGGGGUCAUAUUUCGGUCCAGUGUGGGACCACUAUCUUGGGUACUGGAAACAGAGCAUUGCAGAGCCAGAUCGGGUCCUCUUCCUCAAGUACGAGGAGAUGAUGGCCGACCCGGUUAAGCACGUCAAGACCCUCGCCGAGUUCCUUGGAGUCCCGUUCACCGUCGAUGAGGUGGACGCCGGAGCCGUGGAGCAGGUCGUGGACCUGUGUAGCUUUCAGAAGCUCAAGAACCUGCCUGUCAACUCCUCGGGGACAUCCAACCUGGCUGGUUGGAUGCCCAUGGAGAAGUCGUCCUACUUCAGGAAUGGGACGGUGGGCGACUGGGCCAACCACCUGACCCAAGAGAUGGCGCACAAGUUGGACGGCAUCGUCCAGGACAAGCUCAAAGGUUCUGGCCUCGCCUUUUGAGAUUUUCUUCUGAAGAUCUCAUAUUCUCGUGCCCAAUAAUCUCAUCCAUUAUACUAUUGGAUGAUAUUAUGUUUCUACUAUCGUUAUGUUCUAUGGAAUAAUGUGAAGGACCAAGUCGCUUGGUCUAUUGUGAACU